AAAACUACCCUAAAUAUUGAUGAUUUAAAAUAACUAAGUGCUAUAAUCAUCGCUCCAUAAAUUGUGUUAUCAGCUACAAUUGCGUAAUUAAAAAUGUAUCUCUCUUCUGUUAGUUCUCGCUUACAUCUUCACGAUACUAACAGUUGGGAGUUAAAAAAAUCCUACGGAUGUUAUGAUGGUCUAAUGAGAGACAUAUCAUGGAGCGAUGAUGGUAAAUACAUAUUACAGGUCAACUGCAAAGGUUUAAUCGAAAUUUUAACACCCGCAGACCAUGACAUUCGUAGCUUACAGCACAUUCCGUUGAAAGACACCUGGUCAGCUAGUUUCCACCGAGAGGGCCACCGAAAUGUCGCCAUAGGCACGAAGAGCGGUAAUGUUUUGAUAUGGGACACGAAGAACAAGACUAUAACGAAAACAUUCCCCACUCCCACGCAUCAGGCUAGCGUUAACUACAUUAGUUAUAAUGCCAAAAAUAAUAACUUAGCAGCUACCAUGAAUAAUGGAGAAACUGUCAUUUACGGACCAGUUUCUGACAUUCCAAUUUUAACAGUCAAACUUAAUUAUUCGAAAAGCGUUUCCGCAAUGAAAUUCCAUCAUGAAACAUGCUGGUUACUAGGCUUAGCUACAGAUGAAGGACAUGUAGUCCUACGAGAUAUUGACACAAAUAAGGACAAAGCUUUUUUUGAUAACAUCCAUGCAGCACCUGUUAGUGAUAUUGCAUAUUCAUUGAUUAACAAAGAUGUCAUGUUGUCCAGUGGUUAUGACAAAAUUGUUCAUGUAUAUGACAUAAGACUCCAAAAUGUAGUGUCUACCAUCAAAACAUCUUACACAUUGUCUUCUGUAGCUAUAAAUGCUGACAAUCAAGUUGCUAUCGGGACCAGAAAUGGAGUAGUCAUGAUUUACGAUUCGAGAGAUUUAACCAAUCCGUUUACAACUUUAAAAGGUCAUAGUGAGGAGGUGAAGAAAGUAGCCUUUCAACCUUCAAGGAAGAAGCCACAAUUGAAUGAAAUAAGCAUUCAAGAGGACACUGAAUUACACUUGACACCUUGCAAACCGAGCCCCGGAAAACCUUGGACUUCUGACAUGUUCCUAAUCUCGGAUUCACCUAACAAGGAUAUCCUAGGUGUUUCUGAAAAAACUGAAGAUAAUAGAGCUGAUUCAUUCCUAGUACUGAUGGGGUUAGACAAGUCUAAUGAAGAUGAUGUAAAUAAAUCGCAAUUUAAAGAUAGCAGCAUGUUCGAAAGAAAUAAAAGAUUUGACAUAGAAAAGGAUAUGAGUAAAACUUCAACACCUCUUCAAAAUCAAGUCGCUGAGAAUUUAGAGUUUCAGUCUCCCAUUUUAAACGGAGUUCCUGAUGAUGGGAGACCACUAAACUUGAUAAACGGAGAAAAGGAAAAGAUUUCGAGAUAUGAUUCUGGUAUUGUUGACGAACUUAAAGAUUUCAUUGAGCUCAGUCUUGCAGAUGUUGCAGAGGAUAAUAAGAACUAUUUCCUACACAUCAUGAUGGUUCUGACGAAGCAGAGGCUUUCGUUGGAGAGACAGAUGGCAGCCAUGAGUUCUCAGAUCUCGAUGAUGCAGCAGAACCAGAAUGAGUUGAUGGAUGCAAAUAAGAGACUGGUCUUGCAAGUGGAGCAAUUGAAAUAUGCUGCUAACAAUAAUCUUUAAACUAUUGCCAUCGACUUUUACCAAUUGUAAAGAUCCAUUUUUUUACCCAAUAGAAGAUAAAUCCACACAGAGGCUGGCCCUGAUAUAGCCUACCUAAUCUCAUUGUUAUAAAUAUUUUGUCUCUCUCUGGUUCUAUCUUAAGCUGUUCUCACAUUCGGCUUGUGUCCUGUGGUGGUGUGAUAAAGCCUUUACCUUAAAGUGAUGGACAAAUGUGUUCUUUUAAUGAUAAAGGGUAUACCAUGCUAGUAUGUUAUGAAUAAAAUAGCUAUGCUUAAUUUUACUACUUCUGAAUAUUGUUUUUAUUGUAAUUUUGUGCUUAUGUAAGUAAAUCUUCUUAUUGUGUAUCAGGCAGGGCACAUCCAGAUGUACGGUAAUUAUAGUGCUUGUAAAUAAUUAGAAUACGUGAUUUUUACAAGGCGCUGUUUUAUUUAAUUUUUUUUAAAUCAUGUAAUAUAUACUUUGACCGACAUCCACUGAAACCUUGAAGGAUAUAAUAUAACCAAAUGGAGUAGCCAUUCUGCAUCUCAUGAACCGCGAUAGUUAGACAGUUGAAAUUUUAUAGACCUCUGAUAUUUCAGUCCAGUGUGAAAGGGCAUAUCCCGAGUGCAGCUCGGUCUAGUCGCAAAUUAAAUUUAGUCAAUUAGCAUAAGCAUAGAGAUGAAGGUGCAAUUCAACAUUCCAUAUUUUUGUGAAAAUGUAAAUAAUUUGUCAAAAUAAAGUUGUUGGUUUGUCC